CCCACAGACAGAAACAUGGCAUUUAAUGGUACCUGGAAAAUAGACAGAAAUGAAAACUAUGAAAAGUUCAUGGAGGCAAUGGGUAUUAACGUGAUGAAAAGGAAGUUGGGAGCCCAUGAUAAUCUGAAGAUCACUAUUCAACAAGAUGGAAACAAAUUUACUGUCAAAGAAUCAAGCAACUUCCGUACCAUAGAUAUUGAAUUCACUCUGGGAGUCAAUUUUGAGUACAGUCUGGCUGAUGGGACUGAACUUACUGGUUCCUGGAACAUGGAAGGAACUAAACUUGUAGGAGCAUUUACUAGAAAAGAUAAUGGAAAAGCACUCACAGCAUACAGAGAAAUCGUAGGUGAUGAACUUGUUCAGACCUACAUAUAUGAAGGAGUUGAAGCCAAGAGAUUCUUCAAAAGGGGCUAAACACUCCACCCAGAACAGCACCGGAAUCAAAAACCAAUGAAAAAAGACCAUUUUUCUACAUAUUGUCUGCUUGUUUUUCCCUUUUAUACCCUCACAGCACCUCCUAAGCUGCAAUUAUUUAGCCCUGUUGAAAACACAGACUAGUUCCUUGUUUACUGUUUUGCCUUGAAUAAACAAAAUCCAAUUACAAUUU